AUGUCUAGCAAGUGGUGUGCUUAUUUUAACGAAACCGAGCCUAAAGAAUAUCGUUUUCUGGGUUUUUAUGAAUACCGUUCGAAGCAAGUGGACUUUACCUUCUCUUUUCAGAAGGAAUCCUACAAAUUGCAAAUGGAUCUCGAUAAUCUCAUGAAGGAUGGCUCAGAGGAAGCGAAGGAAACUGCUACAGAGGGAGUUCUUAUAGCUACGGGGACAAUGGAAUGCUGUCUACCUUAUGGUCGGAAUGUCCGCUAUAGGAAAAUGGAUCUUUGUGUAAGAAAAUGGAAUCCUUACAACUACGGUGGACAAUGGAAUGCUGUCUACCUUACAGUCGGAAUGUCUGUUGUACCUGCUUUUCGCAGUGGCCAUCGUGAUACUUUUCGCGGUGUCAACGCUUUUUGGAAUAAAAUUGAACUAAGUAGACGGCUACAGGAUCGGUUACAGACCGCAGAGGUUAAAGCUACUAGUUCGUUGAUAGAUGUUUCCGUAAAAAUCUUUGCAACAACAACUAGAAACGUUCGUUCGGCUAUCGAAAAUGUUCACAAUACAUUGGCAAUAACAGGAACAGAAAAUCCCAAAAAACGAUCAGCUGAAGAAGCUUCCCUUAUUAGUACACCUCCCAACCUUCGCGAUCGUUCUCCUCCAUCUUGUUACAACGGGAAUAAUUUUUUAAAUGAUUACAAUGAAGAAUCAACCGAGGUUGUAGAUGCCUCUCCAACGAAUGAUUACGAGUCCGAUGUAGAGAUAACACGUAAAGAAGAUGGUAAUCCUUUUGACGCAAGGAAAGAUGAAGGUUUAACGAGAUAUAAAGUCGUCUUAUCAUGGAAGCAUGCAAUUAAUAAUAUGAACAUAAAUAAUUUCUCUGAGAAUGACUGGGUAACACGGGAUGGACAUAACAUUUCUAUCGACUUUCGUAAUUUUCAGUUAAAGUCAAUUGAAAAAUUAGAAGCCAAUCCAACUUUAUCAUACGCGAAAGAUAUUGAUUUGAUAUUAUGUCUAUCAUCGAUCAUGUAUUGCAAUGAACUCAAACCAAAAUAUGUUGAAUGUUCCGAAAAGGCAUGGAAUGAAGCUCGUCCAAGAUCAUUAAUUCCGAAGGAGUUGCCGACAGUUGCUGACUUAGCAAUAAUUGAAUACAGCAGGAUUUUGAAUGACAAACAAUUACUCAUUACGAAGUGGCGUAACAAUUGGACAAAAGGAAAUACAUUAUUAACAGACGAAGACAAAGAGAUCUUUGACUGUGUGCAGACAGUUUCGAGAAAUUUUUUCACCUAUUUAUCUUCGGUGAGUUAUAAUGAGGAUAAAAAAUUAGACGAAGAUACGUUCAUCCAUCGAUACUGUCAUCAAAUACUGGAAGAAAUAUUCAAUAAAGCUGAUUUCUCAUUAGUUUGGGCUAAUGGGGAAUCCGAAAGUUCCAAAGAGAGACGUUUAUUGGAUGGUCAUAACCAUGGUAGAAAGUCAGACUUUCGGAUCCUCUCAAAGAUUGAUGACACUGAGAGAGAGUUCGUAUUCGAUGAGAUAAAGUCACCGCAUUGCUUUAAUACCGUGAAUAAGAGUUUAAUUAAAUUAGCAGAAUUCAUGAAAGGGUCCUUAGAUUUUAUUAUUAAUACUUAUGGUUAUGUGGCUGGCCUGGAAAUGUAUGGUAUAUUAAUUUGUGUAUAUGACGGUCUAUACCGUUGUAAUCUAUUAUCGAAAGUAUUAUUCCCGACGGAAAGUGCGAAUUUUGUAAACAUUGUCACUGUAGUAUCUACCCUAUAUUCAUUAUUGGAAAGGACAAGAUCUACUAUUAAUAUUAUAAAUUCAUCUCAAUUAACAACUCAUUCAUCACCCAAAAUAUUACGUGUACCGAUAGUCAGAGUUUAG